AAAAACAGGUUGUGUUUGUGCUGGCUCGCAGCGAUUGCAACACCGGCUGACUGUUGCUGCCUCUCAGAUGUGAUCUCACCAAUGUGUGAUCGGCGGCUGGUGGGAGACGUGUUUAUGCUCAGAGCAGCAAGUAGACUCAUUUGUGUUGUGAAGCAGCACUGCUGGACCAAUGGGAGAUUUGAGACAGACGAUUGGGGUCAUGUCACAGACGAUAUGCCCCAGUUCCGCAGCUGCGUCUGAGGAGGAUUUAAAGGCCCCUGCUGCUGUCCAAGGAGAGAAGAUGCACAUGAAGAGGGAGAUUUCCCUCAUCAAUGGCAUCUGCCUCAUUGUGGGGAACAUGAUAGGCUCUGGGAUUUUUGUGUCACCGAAGGGUGUCCUGAUGCACAGCGCCUCGUACGGGGUGUCGCUGCUGAUCUGGGCCCUGGCGGGCAUCUUCUCGGUGUUUGGAGCCCUGUGCUACGCGGAGCUCGGCACCACCAUCACCAAAUCCGGGGCCAGUUACUCCUACAUCCUGGAGUCGUUUGGCGGCUUCCUGGCGUUCAUUCGUUUGUGGACGUCCAUCCUGCUGAUCGAGCCGGCCAGCCAGGCUGUGAUCUCACUGACUUUCGCCAACUACCUGCUGGAGCCGUUCUACCCGACCUGUCAGCCUCCCUACGACGGUGUCCGGCUCAUUGCUGCAGCCUGCCUCUGUAUUCUCAUCUUCAUCAACUGCGCCUACGUGAAAUGGGGGACCCUCGUCCAGGACAUCUUCACUUACGCCAAACUCAUGGCGCUCAUCCUCAUCAUCGGUGUAGGAAUCCUGAAGAUAGUGUCUGGAGACAGCAAGACCUUCGAGGACCCGUUCGAGGGCUCCUCCACGGACCCGGGGGCCCUGGCCCUGGCCCUCUACUCCGCCCUGUUCUCCUACUCCGGCUGGGACACGCUCAACUUCGUCACGGAGGAGAUCGUGAACCCCGAGAGGAAUCUGCCGCUGGCCAUCGCCAUCUCCAUGCCCAUCGUGACCAUCAUCUACCUGCUGACCAACGUGGCGUACUACGUGGUCCUGGACAUGAACUCGCUGCUGGCCAGUGACGCCGUCGCCGUCACGUUUGGAGAUACAGUCCUGGGUCCUUUCAAGUGGAUCAUCCCAGUUUCUGUGGCCAUGUCCUGCUACGGAGGACUCAACGCUUCCAUCAUUUCUGCUUCACGGCUGUUUUUCGUCGGGGCCAGAGAGGGCCACCUCCCCAACAGCCUGAGCCUGAUCCAUGCGCAGCGCUACACCCCCAUCCCUGCCCUGCUGUUCAAUGGGCUGAUGGGAUUGAUCUUCCUGUGUGUGGAGGACGUGUUCCAGCUCAUCAGUUACUUCAGCUUCAGCUACUGGUUCUUCGUCGGUCUUUCCGUGGCCGGCCUCAUCUACCUGCGCUACACCGAGCCGGACAGACACAGACCCGUCAAGCUGACCCUGUUUUUCCCCUACGUCUACUGCAUGUGCAGCCUGUUCCUGGUCAUCGUGCCUCUGUACGGAGACACCAUCAACUCCCUCAUCGGCAUUGGCAUCGCUCUGUCCGGGCUGCCGGUUUAUUACGUGGCCAUCUACUUGCCUGAGGAGAGGAGGCCCAAAUUCAUCCGAAAACUCAACGCCUGGGCCACCAAAUACACCCAGAUGAUGCUCUUCUGCUGCCUGACCGACUUCGACUAUGAUCCAGAAAACGGUAAAACUCAGUGAGAUGCAGGAAAACUCCUUCGUUCAUCCGUUGACUUUCUGAAAGCUAAAAACAAACCAAGACCCGGCGUGAACAGACGGACGAGGUUUGGAACAUUUUUAAAGAUCUCAUCUGUCAGGUGAAAUGACUCACCGGGGAGCAGCGAUCGCACGGGAAACCCCGAACUCUUGCUCUCUCAUGUAAAUGAAUUGACUUCUCUCCUGGGAUCCGACACGAGGGAUCUGAAUAAAACCUUUGAAAGACAGUUCCAGCACACAUUUCAUUGUUUAGAAUUAUUUUAGUAUGACUUAAAAAGCACAUUACUUAACGCUUAAUGCUAAAACUCAGUUUUCAGCUUCCGGCGUUUAGCAGGUGCUCAUUUUAUGUUUCACAGACAACACUUUGUAAAAAAAAAAAAAAAGGAAAGAAAAAAAGAUGCAGAUUAUCAUCAGCCGUGCCGUGCCGCACUGUUGUUUCACUGCAAGGAGUAUAACAAAAACCUCAUCUUCCUAUUUGGAAGUUCACAAGUUCAUCCUCCAGAAUCUUUUACCGCCGUCAGAGCAGUUUUAGAAACGCCAGCUUGCUUCAUCUGCAGGACGAGAGCAGAACCCGCCUGCACCGCGCCUGCGUUUCCUGCCAGCACAGGGCAAAGGUCGGACCGCCUAGUUAACCCACCCGUCCUGGUGUUUACAGCCCAGCUGUGGUCGGACGGCGCUUGAAUGUCUGAAAACAACGACGUCCUCAUUUAGUACAAAACAAACUCUGUAUGUUCAUAUUUUAAAAUGAAACUGCUUUUUACUUUGUACACUGAAGUCUUGAUAGAUAUGAGAGCGCCACUUUCAGUCUUUAGUCUUUUUAUCGUAUGAAAGUGUGAAGUUUAACAUCUAAUUGUCUUCAGGCGGCACAAGAUGUGACUCGUUGAUGUCUUGAAAACUGAGAGCCUUUUCUACAUUAAGACAAAUGUGAAUUUUCUUGAGUGAAAUCUGUCAUGUUUUUUCAUCAUGCUGUAUUACAA